AUGGCUGCUCCUCAAAUUCGAAGGCUGUGGUGUGGCCGUGUCGAAGCAUGUGGUGACAAAGUCGUGGGCGUCUACGGCUACACGGAGGAUGGCUGCGCGACUGAGAUAGGAGAGCCAGGAUACUGUGAUGUGGUGAGACUUCUGCGCAAGUCUCUGGACGAGGCUCACCGAGUCAUCAUGGCCAAGGAGGGCGGACUGACCACGCUCUGUGUGUGCAUGGUGUGUCCCGUGGACAACUCGGACCAGCACGCCGUCUGCUGCGUGAACCUGGGCGACAGCUUCGCCUUCAUCUACUCCCACAACCAGGGCAUCCGCGAGGUCACCGUGGGGUCACACGACGUGGGCAGUGAGCGCGACAUCCGCGACGCGGGCGGGGCCAUCGGGCCGGUGGACGGACAGAACCCUGAACUGCACAACUUGACCUGCUCCGUGACCUUUUGUCACCACGGCGACAUCGUCUUCCUCACCACCGACGGCAUUUCCGAUAACUUUGAUCCAGUGGUGACGAAAAUAGCGCUUCCCCAGCGGGCCAACGACUCCAACUUCAACACGCGGGAGAAGUACAACUCCAACGGCUGUCUGGUGAUCAAGCCGGAGCUGAGCCCCAAGGAGCGACACGUGUACUCCCUCAAGGAGAUGGAGCGCGUCGUGCACGAGCAUGAGCUGGUCACGGAGGAGGCGUGCUCGGCCCAGUCGUUCUGCGGGGCCGUGUUGCAACACGUGCUCAGUCUCACCAACGAGAAGCGCAAGAUCAUCGAGAACCCUGCCCUGUACGCCCGCCGCAAGAUGACCAAGAAAGACCGGCAGGCGAGAGACUCGGAGAUUGUGGAGAAAAUGUCGAAAGCUGCGGGGAAGUUGGACCACGCUUCCAUCGUGGCGUUGGAGGUCGGUGCUUUCGCCAGACCCGUGGACACCACAGAGCCAGUGGCUGCCGUGGUUAAUGGGGGCAAUGGAGUUACUUCCCCUGCGGCAGUCCGCGCCUCGUCGUCCCCGCGGGCAAUCCCUGACUCUCCUCCCACGCCCACCAACCACCCGUUGUGUGGAUCAGUGCCUCUCUCUCCCUCCUCCCACCACCACUACAAAAAGUCAGGAGCCCGCAAGUUUUUCGCCAA